UUUUUUUUUUUUUUUGUAAUUUCGCGGUUUUCUGCCUUUUCCUCGCAUCCAAAGAGGGCAUGUCCACCGGCUGUUCCAGCAGCAUCUACCCUCCAACUCCCACCAGGAAGACAAACCGAGGACAAUCUUGAAAUACAAAAAUUUCCUCCUUGGGAUUUGCUGCUGCUGCCGUCUCUGCCGCCACUGCUGCUGCCGCGGUGCAGUGCCAAGACUCUCGGAAUAAAUAAAAGAGGGCUACUGUGUGUCUCUAGCUACAGCCGCCUAAUAGCUAUUUUAGUUGGCCGUAUAUUCCGAAGAUCACAGAUGAAGUGGGGACGCCUGUCUUCUUCGUUUGGUCAGCGUGUGAAACAAUAAUACCCGUAACAAAAAGGAGGGAGAUGGGGGAGAAAAGAAAUCCUAACAUGAAUCAGAAGAAAUAGUAUCUAGCACCCCCCCAGCCCCCAAACCAACCUCUCCCCCUCUCCCUCCCCCGACCCCUCUCUCUCUCUCUCUCUCUCUCUCCACACGCUUGCAGGCGCGGACACGCGCGCGCGCGCACACAGACACACGGACGCGCGCACACAUACACACACAUACACACACUGUAGUGUGUAUUUUCGGAGGAGGAGGAGGUGGCGGUGGCUUUUGGAAGAGGAGGCAGCGGUGGUGCCGGGGAGGGGGGAAUCUCUUUCCCCGUCUGGAGAUGGUUGUGCUAUUCCUCUUUGCCUUGCUCUGGAUGGUGGAGGGGGCUUUUUGCCAGCUCCAUUACACGGUGCAGGAAGAGCAGGAGCAUGGCACGUUCGUGGGGAAUAUCGCCGAGGACCUGGGCUUGGACAUUACAAAACUUUCGGCUCGGCGCUUCCAGACGGCGCCCAACUCCCGCAGCCCUUACCUGGAGCUUAACCUAGAAACCGGGGUACUCUACGUGAACGAGAAGAUCGACCGGGAGCAGAUCUGUAAGCAGAGCCCCUCCUGCCUGCUGCACCUGGAGGUCUUCCUGGAGAACCCCCUGGAGCUGUUCCGGGUGGAGAUCGAGGUGCUGGACAUCAACGACAACCCGCCCUCCUUCCCGGAGCCCGACCUGACGGUGGAGAUCUCGGAGAGCGCCACGCCGGGCACCCGCUUCCCGCUGGAGAGCGCCUUCGACCCCGACGUGGGCACCAACUCGCUGCGCACCUACGAGAUCACCCCCAACAGCUACUUCUCCCUCGACGUGCAGACGCAGGGCGACGGGAACCGCUUCGCCGAGCUGGUGCUGGACCAGCCGCUGGACCGGGAGCAGCAGGCGGUGCACCGCUACGUGCUGACGGCGGUGGACGGCGGGCAGCCCCAGCAGCGCACCGGCACCGCCCUGCUCACCGUCAGGGUGCUGGACUCCAACGACAACGUGCCCGCCUUCGAGCAGCCCGUCUACACCGUGUCGCUGCCGGAGAACUCGCCGCCGGGCACGCUGGUGCUGCAGCUGAACGCCACGGACCCCGACGAGGGGCAGAACGGCGAGAUCAUCUACUCCUUCAGCAGCCACAUCUCGGCCCGCGCCCGGGAGCUCUUCGGCAUCGCGCCGCGCACCGGGCGCCUGGAGGUGAGCGGCGAGCUGGACUACGAGGAGAGCAGCGUGUACCAGGUGUACGUCCAAGCCAAGGACCUGGGGCCCAACGCCGUCCCCGCCCACUGCAAGGUGCUGGUGCGGGUGCUGGACGCCAACGACAACGCGCCCGAGAUCAGCUUCUCCACCGUCAAGGAGGCGGUGAGCGAGGCGGCGGCGCCGGGCACCGUGGUGGCCCUUUUCAGCGUCUCGGACCGCGACUCGGAGGAGAACGGGCAGGUGCAGUGCGAGCUGCUGCAGGGCGACGCGCCCUUCCGCCUCAAGAGCUCCUUCAAGAACUACUACACCAUCGUCACCGAGGGGCCGCUGGACCGCGAGCAGCCGGGCGGCGACGCCUACACGCUCACCGUGGUGGCCCGGGACCACGGCGAGCCGCCGCUCAGCACCAGCAAGUCCAUCCAGGUGCGGGUGAGCGACGUGAACGACAACGCGCCGCGCUUCAGCCAGCCCGUGUACCAGGUGUACGUGAGCGAGAACAACGUGCCCGGCGCCUACAUCUACGCCGUCAGCGCCACCGACCGCGACCAGGGCGCCAACGCCCGCCUCGCCUACUCCAUCCUGGAGAGCCAGAUCCAGGGCAUGUCCGUCUUCACCUACGUCUCCAUCAACUCCGAGAACGGGUUUCUCUACGCCCUCCGCUCCUUCGACUACGAGCAGCUCAAAGAGUUCAGCUUCCAGGUGGAGGCCCGCGACGCGGGCGAGGAGCCGCAGCCGCUGGCCGGCAACGCCACGGUGCACAUCAUCGUGGUGGACCAGAACGACAACGCGCCCGCCAUCGUCAGCCCGGUGCCCGGCCGGAACGGCACCCCGGCGCGGGAGGCGCUGCCCCGCGGCGCCGAGCCGGGAUACCUGGUCAGCCGGGUGGCCGCGGUGGACGCCGACGACGGGGAGAACGCCCGCCUCACCUACAGCAUCGCGCGGGGCAACGAGGCCGGGCUGUUCCGCAUGGACUGGCGCUCCGGGGAGCUGCGGACGGCGCGCAGGGUGCCGGCCAAGCGCGACCCGCAGCGCCCCUACGAGCUGGUGAUCGAGGUGCGCGACCACGGGCAGCCCCCCGGCGGCGGCGGCUCCGGCGAGCAUCGCCCCAGCCGCUCCGGGGGGGAUAACUCGCUUGACCUCACCCUCAUCCUCAUCAUCGCCCUGGGCUCCGUCUCCUUCAUCUUUCUGCUGGCCAUGAUCGUCCUGGCGGUGCGCUGCCAGAAGGAGAAGAAGCUCAAUAUCUACACCUGCCUGGCCAGCGACUGCUGCCUGGGCUGCUGCUGCUGCUGCCCCUGCUGCAGCCGGCAGGCGCGGGCCCGCAAGAAGAAGCUCAGCAAGUCGGACAUCAUGCUGGUGCAGAGCUCCAACGUGCCGAGCAACCCUGCGCAGGUGCCGGUGGAGGAGUCGGGCAGCUUCGGCUCUCACCACCACAACCAGAACUACUGCUACCAAGUCUGCCUCACCCCCGAGUCCGCCAAGACCGACCUGAUGUUCCUCAAGCCCUGUAGCCCCUCUCGCAGCACCGACGCCGAGCACAACCCCUGCGGGGCCAUCGUCACCGGUUAUGCCGACCAGCAGCCCGACAUCAUCUCCAAUGGCAGCAUUUUGUCCAGCGAGACAAAACAUCAGCGUGCUGAGCUCAGUUAUCUAGUCGACAGACCCCGACGAGUUAACAGUUCUGCAUUCCAGGAAGCAGACAUAGUAAGCUCUAAGGACAGUGGUCAUGGAGACAGUGAGCAAGGAGACAGUGAUCAUGAUGCCACUAAUCGAGGUCAAUCCUCUGGCAUGGAUCUCUUCUCCAAUUGCACAGAGGAAUGUAAAGCACUGGGCCACUCAGAUCGGUGCUGGAUGCCUUCCUUCGUUCCAUCGGACGGACGCCAGGCUGCGGAUUACCGCAGCAAUCUGCACGUGCCUGGCAUGGACUCCGUUCCAGACACUGAAGUGUUUGAAACGCCAGAAGCCCAGCCCGGGGCAGAAAGGUCCUUCUCCACCUUUGGCAAAGAGAAGGCCCUGCACAACAGUCUGGAGAGGAAGGAGUUCGAUGGACUGCUGUCUAAUACACGAGCGCCUUACAAACCACCAUAUUUGAAACAUGGGUGGCAGCAGAGUAACCCCCAUCCUACAUCCCCCAGCCCCAGCCCCAGCCGUGUGUCUCACCCUUUACCUGGAUGCACCACUACGAAGGCACUUGCCAUCUCUGGAUCUCAAAGUGGAUUAUAAAGAAUAGUGAUUUAAACCUUCCUGCACCUCUAGGAGAUAGCACGGAAAAGGAUAUGCUAGUCACUUCUACAGGACUUACCUGAAGCAGCAUGAUUUGCACAAAAGAAAGUCGACCAACAAAAAGCAUCAGCUUUCAACUUCAUUAUCUUGGCCAUCCAGUUCUGUGUAACUGAAGGAUUUGUGUGCUGUUGGAGACAUCCUGGCCAACAAUAGGACCUAAUUGCUCUCAGCAGGCCUGAGAAAUGAGUUGAAAUGUGUAGAACUGUAGAAACUUCAGAGGCAACUGAUCCUGCCUCUCUGAUCAGUGUGUGCCUGUUUACAGCACUAUAUAUCUUUCUCUCUCCAAAAUGUCACUGAGCCCUUUAGAUGUUUAUAUUCACCACAAAAAGCCAAUCGUACCGAUAAAAGAGAUGUGCAUUAUAAAUGCAAUAUCACUGUUUUAAACUUGACUGUUUUAUAUUAUUUUUGUGUGAUCAAGUGUUCCCCAAACUAUUCCAACUUUACAAGAGAGAUUGUGAUCAUGUUCUUUUCACCUGUGGGUCAUAAAAAUGUUGUUAAUCUGAAGGCCCACAAAAUUAUCAAAGACAUUUCUGUAGUUUAUACACCGUGUUGCAAAGUGUUUACUGUACUAUU